UUUGCAGAACCCAAGGCAGAACAGUUUCUUCGCACGCACAACCGCACAAUAGAAUAGAACAAAAUUGUCAUUUUUCCGAAAAAGGGUGGUUAGCCGUGUGGUUUACGCUCAAGUGGGAUUUUUCGAUUCCACGGCGUUUUAACACUCAAAAUCAAAACACGAUGAACGACCAACUGCGAAUGUUGAAUCAUUUGAGACAGGUAGAAUCCAAAGCCGCUGAAAUUCUGACCGAUAAACAAGAGGUGAUUGACCUUGACAAACGACGAAACGACGAUCGGGUUGGGAUGCGAGCUUUGCAGAAAGAACACCACGAUAAAACUUGGAUUACCGUGGGACCGAUAUUGCUUAAAAUGGAUACUAAGAAAGCUGAGGAAUUGCUCGUCAAAGAUCAAAAAGAAUGUGACAUUGCGGUCAACAAAAUACGAAGUGAUCUCAAAGUGAAGGUCAACGAACUACGCGAUUUGGAGCACAAUCCACCGGUUCCUGGGCUCAUGCUGAAACCCAUGUCGUACAAGGAGAUGUCAGCAAUUAAUCAGCUAUCCGGAAAAAGUCUAUGAGCUACGAGAGGCCCCGUUUCAUUUUUCUAUCGACAAUAGUUUGUAAUUCUUUGAACUCAACAAAUUUUCAAGAAUAUUCACAGGCGUUGAAAAUGUGAAGCUUAUUUCCAUAAAGUUUCUCAACAAUAAUCGAAGUACGCCAAUAUUUCAUGAGUCGUAUAAACGUCGUACGAUCUCCAUUUAUUUUACAGUAGUCAAAGAAAAUUUCAACCAAUUGUCAACUUUUCGUGGCUUUUACAAAAAAUUCUAUUCUUCGUAUCCAUUUUUCCAGCAGUUUUUCAUUUACGAAUUUCCUUGAUUCUGUACAUAAUAAAACUUAAUUAAAGGUCAA